CUGACUUCCUGAGCAGUGCCAGGACCGGGGCUUGGCCAAGGGACCUGAUGGCAGAGCCCAAGCCCCCUCCAGAGCCACAGCUGGAUGAAGCUGGAGCCCCCCCAGCAGGAGCUGCUCUGCCCCCGGACCCUGCACACAGCCCAUUGGACUCUGCAGUGGGUCCAGGACUGAUGCCCCGGACCGGGAACAGCCCUGACGCCUGCCAGGACCUCCAAACAGAUGGUGGGAAUGCUGACUUGGAGCCAAACGUGCCCCAGCUGGACCAGGAUGCAGCUGAGACCAGGAUCCCAUUGGAUGUGGAUGCGGCAGGAAUCCCGCUGGACGUGGAUGCAGAUAAAGCAGGGGUCCCACUGGAUGUGGAUGAGACAGGGAUCCUGCUAGAUGUGAAUGCAGGUGGGACAGGGAUCCCACUGGAUAUAGAUGCAGAUGGAGCAGAGAUCCCGCUGGAUGUGGAUGAAGCAGGAAUCCCACUGGACGUGGAUGCAGAUAAAGCAGGGGUCCCACUGGAUGUGGAUGAGACAGGGAUCCUGCUAGACGUGAAUGCAGGGGGAACAGGGAUCCCAUUGGAUAUAGAUGCAGAUGGAGCAGAGAUCCCACUGGAUGUGGAUGAAGCAGGGAUCCCACUGGACGUGGAUGGGGCAGGAAUCCAUCUGGACAUGGAUGCAGAUAGAGCAGGGAUCCCACUGUGCAUGGACACAGACAGGGCAGGAAUCCCAACUGACGUGGACACAGCCGGGGCUGGGAUCCCACUGGACAUGGACGCAGAGGGGGCAGAGGGCACAGAGCAGAAGUGCCUGACCCUGGAGGAGCUGGGUGACUACUUCCAGGAGUGCAUUGAAGCCGUGGAGCAGCUGGAGCAGGAGCGGGACAGCCUGAUCCUGGAGCUGGGGCAGCUCCGGGAGCCGGCGCUGCAGGAGAUCCGCCAUGCCCAUGAGGAGAUCCAGGCUGCGUGCCGGCUGCUGGCCCAGGUGGAGCUGGAGAGGGACAACCUGAAGGAUGAGAUCCGUCAGAUCAAGCAGAAGCUCUUCAAGGUGACCAAGGAGUGUGUGGCUUGUCAGUACCAGCUGGAGAGCCGGCGGCACGACCUGUCCCAGCACGCUGCUUACCGGGGCGAGCUGGAGACACAGGCAGGGCAGCUCUCCGGGGAGCUCUCCCAGCUCAAGGAGACCUGUGAGAAGGAGAAGGAGGCUCUGAGGCAGCGGCUGGAGGCUCCCCCGAGCCGCCAGGAUAACCUGUACCUGCAGGAGAGCCGCCGGCUCUCCAUGGAGUUCGAGAGCUUCGUGGCCCAGAGCCGGAGGGGGCUGGAGGAGCACUACGAGCCCCAACUGCUGCGGCUGCUGGAGAGGCGAGAGGCAGGGGCCAAGGCGCUGCAGGAGAUGCAGGGGGAGCUGCAGGGGAUGAAGGAUGCCCUGCGGCCCUUGCAGGGGGAGGUGAGCCAGCUGCGGCUGCAGAACCGGAGCCUGGAGGAGCAGAUCGUCCUUGCCAAGCAGAAACGGGAUGAGGAGGUCGGGCAGUACCGGGAACAGGUCGAGGAGCUGGAGGACAGGUUGAAGGAGCUGAAGAACGGGGUCCAGCUCCAGCAGCGCAAGAACCAGGAGCUGGAGGAGCUGAGGACCAGCCUCCACCGGGAGCUCUCCAUCUACAAGAGCUGCUUAGAAAUCUACGGCCACCUCUGCAAACCAGAAGACAAAACAGACCAGGACUGUCAGGAAUGAAGGACUUUUCCCCUCUCUGUAGCAGGAGUAAGGGACAGAGGGAUCUGCAGGGGACAUCUCCUCUUGCUGCUUACCCUACCCGAGGCACAGCAGCUGCCUGAAGUCAGGAAUACUGCACAAUCACUCGUGUGUAUUCCUCAAGGUGCUGCUGGUGAUCGAGUAGUAAAACUGCUGAGCAAAUACUUGCACUGAACCAUGGACAUAGAUGAACAGAUGUAUGUUGUGCUGUGUUUGGGAACACGUCUUGGUGCAGGGGUGGAGUGUAUGAGCCUGCCCAGGAAGCAGUGCUCUGGGAGCCAGUGUUCCCCAGUUGAGUUUUAAAGUUUACAGGCAAGAGCUUUAUGCUUUUAACAGGGUUUUCUUUUGUAUUGCAAGGGCCUCUGCUGUACUGGGACAUGCUCCACCACGGGCCAC